CAAAAACACUAAGCCCUCAACUUCUUUCCUACUGAACAUGGUUAAGUUCAUUCUAGAAAAAAACAAUUUUCAAUUUGAAGGUAGAAACUACUUACAAACUAAAGGCACUGCCAUGGGUACGAGGAUGGCCCCAUCCUACGCAAAUCUGUUCAUGGGGAAACUCGAAAAAUGUUUCCUACAAUCCCAAAAAGUACAACCUUUGUGUUGGUUCCGGUUUAUAGACGAUAUUUUUAUCUUGUGGACCUCAGGCUCAGACUCCUUAAAACAGUUUAUUGACAGCCUUAACAGUUUCAGUUCCCUUAAAUUCACCAGCAACAUCUCAACAUCAACAAUAGUUUUCCUGGACCUAGAAAUAAAUAUUCAAGAUGGACUCAUACAAACCGGUGUACACUUCAAGCCUACCAACCAUCUACAAUAUUUACAUUUUAACAGCAACCACCCAAAGAACACCAAAAGAUCCAUCCCGUUCAGUCAAGCCAUCAGGGGCAAAAGGAUCUGCAGCAACGAUGAUGAAUUAAACAAGUUCAAUAACAAAAUAUCUGACGCAUUCAUAAAAAGGGGUUACCCUAGAAAGCUGGUGGAGAACCAAAUCCGCUUAGCGCAAGACCAUCCACAACCAAAUAAUGAAAAACGAAAUAGCCAAAACAUUGCUCUUGUCACAGACUACCACCAAGGACUACAUUCAUUGAAUGGCAUUUUAAAAGAGGGCUUCAAAAUCCUCAAGGCCUCCAACCACACCAUCAAUUUUUUGAAAGAUCCACCUAACAUUGUUUUUAGACAACCACCCAAUCUCCGAAAAAUACUAGUCCACCCAAAAGUUCCUGACCCGGCCAACAACAACCCAAACAACGCACGCCCUAACGGUUCAUAUCCCUGUGAUAACAAGAGAUGUAAAACAUGUGAAAUAAAUCAACCCAGCCAAACAUUUUCCAGUUCCACAACCAAAGAAAACUACAACAUCCGAGGCUUCAACACUUGUGAAACGAAGAACAUUAUCUACCAACUACAAUGUAACAAAUGUGAGGCACAGUAUGUAGGCCUAUCCACCAAUAGCCUCAGAACCAGGAUGAAUGGCCAUAGACAAGAUGUAUCUACUGGAUACAAAGACAAACCAGUUGUACAACAUGCCCAGAGCCACAACAACCCUAGUUUCAAUGACUGCUUUACAACCAAAAUAGUCAAAUCACUGCCCCCUCAAUGUAACCAGUCACAACUGAGAAGAUGGGAAUUGUCUUAUCAAUGGUUUACUAAGUCUAGACAACCCCCAAACCUAAACCUGAGAUAAUACCUUUAAUCUAACCCACUCCACUUCAAUAUCCAACCCAACUAGCAGGCUUACAUAUUUAUUCAUAUAUAUAUAGUGCAUAAAAGAUAAACUGAAACUGUGUUUUUUGAAUUCAUACUAUUGGCAACACUGACUCAACAACUCACUGGCCACCAUUUUGGACAUCUAGAAAACUAUCUCUUCCUCUUCCUUAGUUGAAAAUGCUGUCAGUGACAGUGAAAUAUUCUAAUGUUUUGUGUAUAUAGUGUAAAGUUUUGUUUUGUGUUUCCUGUGCCAGUUUGGACUCUUUCCCAUUCAGCAUCAAACCUAGGUACUCGUUAAACCUGCAGCUCUCAAGGUGCAGUUCGGCUUUUAACCGCUUCCCCUGAGACG